GGCUCGCUAAACUUUCCCCCAAUUAAUCAAUAUUUCAUUUCAUUCCGUUCGAUCCUUAAAUCAUACAUUCCAUUCAAUGGCUUCUACUUCAUCAGUUCAAAAGAGGUUCAAGUACGAUGUGUUUUUGAGUUUCCGGGGUGAAGACACCCGCAAAACCUUCGUUGAUCAUCUCUAUGUUGCUCUUGUGAAUAAAGGCAUUAUUACUUACAAAGAUGAUGAAACAAUCGACAAAGGUGAAAGGAUCAAGGAGCAGCUAAUCAGAUCCAUACAAGACUCGAGAUUUUACAUAAUUGUGUUCUCCAAGAACUAUGCAUCUUCAUCCUGGUGCUUAGACGAGCUCGUGGAGAUUAUCAAGUGCCAGAAGACAGCCGAGCAUACUGCUUACCCCAUCUUCUAUGAUGUGGAACCCACCGAAGUCCGAAAACAAAGUGGGCUAGUUGGGGAAGCCUUUGAACAGUUGACAAGGAAGAGGAAGAGGACGUUGGAAGAUGCAACUCUGGAAAAGGAAAAUGAUGUUGGAAGAUGGAAAAAUGCUCUAAAAGAAGCAGCCGACCUCGCUGGGAUGGAGUUGAAGAACACUUUCAACGGGCAUGAAGCAAAAUUUAUCCAACAAAUCGUUCAAGACAUAUCACUAAAGCUACAUCUAAUUAACUUGAGCAUCGAUAUGAAGUUAGUAGGCAUGGAGACUAGGGUAAGGGACGUAAUUUCAUCUUUGGAACUUGAUUUAGAUGAUGUUCGGAUGAUAGGGAUCAAGGGGAUUGGAGGUGGCGGGAAGACGACAUUGGCGAGAGCUGUUUUUGAUCAUAUAUCCAUCUGGUUUGAAGGUAAGAGCUUUGUUGAAGAUGUGAGAGAAGUUUCAAAAGGCUCUUUGUCUGGGUUGAAGGAUUUGCAAAAGCAGAUCCUUUCAUCUGUAUUAAAUGAUCAAACCAUUGUUGUAGCUGGUGUGUCUGAUGGAAAAAGUAUGAUGAAAAGGAUGAUGCCUAAUAGAAAGGUUCUUGUAGUUCUAGAUGAUGUGGAUGAUAUAGACCAGCUUGAAGCAUUAGCAGGUGAGACUACAUGGUUUAAGCCGGGAAGUAGAAUCAUCAUCACCACAAGAGAUGAGCAAGUGUUAGUAGCACAACGAGUGAAUGUUAUUCAUGAUGUCACUCUGUUAUCGGAUGAGGAAGCAAUUUGCCUCUUUAGUAGGCAUGCAUUUGGGAGGGAGAUUCCAGAUCAAGGGUAUGAAGAGCUAUUAAGAAAAGUUGUACAUUAUGCUGCCGGUCUUCCCUUAACAAUCAAAGUUUUGGGUUCACAUCUUUGUGGUAGAACUGAGCAUGAAUGGGUAGACACCAUAGAAAGACUAAAAACCAUUCCUUUGGAGAAAACUUUGAAAAGAUUGGAACUAAGCUAUAAUGGCCUAGAGAAUGAUGAGAAAGAAAUAUUCUUAGAUGUUGUAUGCAUACUGAAAGGUGAAGGGAAAAAUGACUCAAUAAGAAUACUUGAAAGUUGUGGGUUUAAUGCUCAUAUUGGUUUAAAAGUUCUUGAGCAGAAAUCUUUGAUAACUAUUUCUGAUAAUGACGGUUUGCGUUUCCAUGACCAUAUAGAAGAAAUGGGCUGGAAUAUUGUCCGUGGUUUGUACCCUCUUGAGCCUAGCAAGCAUAGUCGAUUAUGGAUUAAAGAGGAAAUUGAAGAUAUAUUGGUUUAUGAAAUGGGUAGUACUGAAGCAACAAGAAGUAUUAUACUUAAAUACACGACUCUCCAACCAACAACUAUUAUGAGAGGUCUUAGGAAAAUGAGGGAACUUAGAUUUCAUUCCGUGCAUAAAGGAGAUAUAGUAUGGGCUGUUGAUGAAGUUAGCCAAUAUUUACCAGAUGCUUUACAAUGUCUAUAUUGGCCCAAAUACCCUUUUCGGUCUUUACCUCAACCGUUUCAAGCAAAUAAGCUCGUUAACCUUGAAAUGGUCGGGAGCAAUAUAUCUGAACUUUGGGAAGGAGGAGAAAAAAAGGUUCUAAAUAAGAUAAGAUUCAUUGACCUCAGAUAUUCAAAGUUAGAAACCUUUGACCUUAGUAUGACUCCAAAUCUCGAAAAGUUAGAUCUGGAAGGAUGUUGUGACUUUUACAAACUACACAUCCCCGUUGAAUGUCCAAAGCUCAAAUUCCUCGAUCUCACUAGUUCUAAGGUGAGUAAUCUUAACCUUGGUAUGAUUCCACACCUUGAGGUAUUACAUAUCGAUGGAUGUAAAGAAUUAGUAGAACUCCACUUGCCCGUUGAGUGUUUGAGUCUCGAAUUCCUCUACCUCAGUGGUUCCAAGGUGAGUAAACUUAACCUUGGGAUGACUCCACAUCUCGAGGAGUUAAAUCUUGAAGGAUGUAAUUAUUUUGAAGAACUCCACAUGCCUGUUGAAUGUCCAAAGCUCAAAUUCAUAAAUCUUAGUGGUUCUAAGGUGAGUAACCUUAACCUUAGGAUGACUCCACACCUUGAGGUAUUAUAUAUCGAUGGGUGUAAAGAAUUAGUAGAACUCCACUUGCCCGUUGAGUGUUCGAGCCUCGAAUUCCUCUACCUUAGUGGUUCCAAGGUGAGUAAACUUAACCUUGGGAUGACUCCACAUCUCCAGGAGUUAAAUCUUGAAUGAUGUGUAAUGAUUUUGUAGAACUCCACAUGCCUGUUGAAUGUUCAAAGCUCGAAUUUCUCAACCUUAAAGGUUCUAAGGUGAGUGACCUUAACCUUUUGGCUCCAAAUCUCGAGAAGUUAAAUCUUGAACAAUGUAAUGAAUUUGUAGAACUCCACUCGCAUGUUGAAUGUCUAAACAUCAAAUCCCUCAAUCUUAGUGGUUCUAAGGUGCGUAACCUUAACCUCGGGAUUACUCCAAAUCUUGAAAGCUUAAAUCUCAAAGGAUGUUAUGACUUUGUAGAACUCCACAUGCCCGUUGAAUGUCCAGAGCUCCAAUUCCUCUGCCUUGGUGGUUCUAAGGUGAGUAACCUCAAUCUCGAGAUGACUCCACAUCUCAAGGAGUUAGAUCUUGAAGGAUGUUAUUACCUUCAAGAAAUUCACGCUCCCGUGGGUUGUCUAAAAAAUCUUGUCUACUUUAACUUCAACGGUUGCUCAAGGUUUAAAAAUUUUUAUGUUAACAAAUCGAAUGACGUACAUGGUCCUUAUAAUGUAGCUAGACUGUACUUAGUUGCGAAGUCCCUAGAUAUAUGCCCACUGCAUCCAGACAGUAAUUUGCCUAAGUUUCAGUUUAAUUGUACAUAUCGGGAACCUCUACCCUCAUCGAGUGGAAAUAUUGAGAAGAUUAUAUCUUUUGGUCUGUGUGCUUGCACAAACCUUGAGUCGUUUUCAACAAGCAUUUGUGGUUUACAACAUUUAAGAGAGCUCACUCUUAUAGGCAGUAUUCCGGAGGUGCCCAAUGAUCUGUACCAGUUACAAAGUUUAGAGAAGCUAUGUUUGUCAAUGAAAACGAUUAAGCAUCUUCCGGAUAACAUUUGUAUGUUGAAACAUUUGAAAUCACUCGACUUAAGUGAUUGUGGAUCCUUACAAGAUAUCCCAGACAGUAUCUGUAAGAUGGAAAGUUUAAGAGAUUUGAAUCUCCAAUUUUGUAUACAAGUUGAAAAAUUGCCCAAGGAAUUUGGAGAUAUGAAACGCUUGAAUAGGUUAGAUAUAGAAGGUGCAGGCAUAAGACAUCUUCCGUACAACAUUUUUCAAUUGAAAGGUCUGUGGAUUAUUGGGUCUAGGGGGCAGCUUAAGUCCUGUGGUUUUACUAAUAUAAUCUCAAGAUCCAGAGACUGCUAUGUACAGCUGUGAAUAACACGGACAUUCUGUUAGUAAGUUGGGAUUCAAGAAGAAGUAUUCAUGUUAACCGAUUACCGAACAAAAAAUGGUUACUUGUAGUUAACUGACUGACUGAACCAAUCGGUUGAACAACCCGCAACGCAUAACCUACACCUUUUGAUCGUGGUUCUGUUGGAGGAUAAAAUCAGCAGUACACACUUGGCACUAAGAUGCAAGCCUUUGUUACGGCAAAGACAUGUUCAGAGUAUGAAAUUUGUUGAAGGAAAACCAAUGUUUGACAAUUCGUAAUCUAUCAUUGGGUGAGAAUCGUCAGAAGGUGAAGUAUGUUGAAAGUGUGUGUUGAAAAUCAAUCUGAACGGCAACACAAUUGUCACUGCCUGCAAUGAAUCUGUUGGAUCCGAAUGAGGCUUCUCUUUUGCCCCUUUUGAGUCUAUACAACAGGACCCUAAUGAUGACGGAAAGGCUUUCAAAAGUCCUAUUGAUGUCAUUGGUUUUGUCGUUAAGAGUUUCCCUUUUGAACCAAAAGAGGAAACUAAACAUGAGAAGGAUGAGAAGAAAAUCACAUUUGUUAGCGGAAGCCUUUGAUCAUUGUGUUCAUCAUGGAGAGGUUUUGGUGUCUUUACACGAAACAGGGGGUUGUUCAUACGAGGGUUUGAAGACAUGAUGGAUUGAAGGAUUUGAAAGAAAAUGGACAAACAAUAAAACUGAUUUAUGAAUGUCUUGGUAACCGGUAAUUGUUGCCGGUAAACCAUAUAUAUAUGUCUUCACUAAUACGGUUAUACGAACAGUUAUGUUUUGGCGGGAAUAACCGCUUGUAUGAAACGGUAUUAUCCGACCAACAUAGCCAUUCGAUUAUACGUCCUAUUA